AUGAGAGAGAGUGACCUUGUUGACUACUUCGUCCCUCUUGGGAAGAGACUUGCAGCUGGUGAAUGGUUUGCAGCCAGAGUUUCCACAUGUGGUCUAUUUCAUGUUGCAUACCAAGGUUGCGCUGAUGUGCUUAAGACAGAGUUACAGUCUAGUUAUAGCCAGUUGUGCAAAGAUGAUAUGCCUAUGAUGGUAUUUGCUCUAUCUUACUAUAUGUGCUCAUCUUUUGGAAACGUUGUACAUAGACACAGAGAGCAUGACCAAGAUUCUGUUAGAAUGUUGGUUGUGGAAAGCUGCGCAGCUCUUGGAAAGUUGUUGAAACCCAGGAAAAAAUUAUCAUCCGACAGUUCUCAACAUGUCCACUCUGCUCCUGCUUCUGUAAUAAUGGGGAUAGCUCCUAUCCUUAGGAAGCAUCUGGUACCAAUAUUUCUUUCACUUUUGAAAGAUGAAUUUCCUGAUGUACGGCUCAACAUCAUAAGAAAACUAGAUGAAGUCAACCAGGUUACUGGGAUUGAUUUGCUAUCACAAUCCUUGUUACCAGCAAUUGUAGAGCUUGCUGAGGACCGUCACUGGAGAUUUAGGCUUGCUAUAAUUGAAUAUGUUCCUCUGUUGGCUAGCCAGUUAGGUAUAGGGUUCUUUGACAACAAGCUUGGAGCCCUUUCCAUGCAGUGGCUGCAAGACAAGGUUCACCUUGAAGAAUCCUUUGAUGUUUGGCAUAAUUUCUCAUCCAUUUUAUACUCUAUCCAUGAAGCUGCAGCAAACAACCUAAAGCGCCUAGCAGAAGAGUUUGGUCCUGAAUGGGCAAUGCAGAACUUAGUUCCACAGAGCUUGGUUUGCAAAAUAGCGAACAUCAACAUUAGGGUCCUCGCUCAGGUCCACCAAACACUGACAUAUUGUUUGGUCGACUAUGGGGAUAAGGGAUUGGAGAAGCCUACUGUUUGGCCGUAUAUCCAGUGUUGCGACCAAACAAUAAGCUUCUCCAAUACGUCAAUGUUUGUUUGGCAGGUGGUGGAGAAAACAUUACGUUAG